AGCCUGCAGGUUCCAGGGACAGAGUGUGGCCAGGAGAGAACUGUGACAGCCUUCUGCCCUGCCUUCUUCUUCCCAAGAGCAGAAGACUGCAUCUUGACUUGGGGAAUAGGGGAAGUCAUGGACACAGAUUUCAUAUACCUGCUUUGCCUGGGGCUGUGCCUGUGCUAUGGAGAUGAGGAUGAACACGAGGAACUUCCCAGGCCUUCCAUCAGUGCCUGGCCCAGCUCUGUGGUCAAGUGCAAGAGUAACGUCACCCUCCGAUGCAGGACUCAUUUCCAGAAUGUCACAGUCACCCUGGGAAGGCUGCACAACUCUCAGUACCAGCUACAGACGUCGUCUCUGGGAAAGGAAGCUGAGUUCCACCUCACUAACCUGCAGCUUGAAGACGCUGGAGGCUAUUUCUGUACCUACAGAACGGCGUUCUCACACAGCUGGUCAGGACAGAGUCGGCACUUACAGUUGGCGGUCACAGAUGGAGUGGGAGGAGGUGGAGGAAAUUGCCACAGACCAUCAGACAGCAAGCUCAUCCUCCUGACCACCUUCAGGUGCCUCUGCAUCUCUCUUCUCUUUGUCUCCAUCUUCUUUAUCUACAGAUGCACUCGGCAAGACAGGAGGAAGAGGACAAAAUGGGAGAGGAAGAGGAGGAGUAGGAGAAGAAGAAGAAGGAGGAGGAGGAGGAGGAAAACAUUAUAGUGACACUGAAUGAUCAAGUGUAUAAGCAUGAACACGAAGCUUCAUGUGACAUCUGGAAUCCAGCACCGGGCUGAAGCAGAAGACUGAAUUUGAGGUCAACCUGGGCUGCAUAAGGAGAGCAUAUCCAACGCACACAUACACACACACAGAUACACACACAGACACAGAGAAAAACAGAGACACACACAUACAUAGAUAGGUACAUAUAGAGACACACAAACUGACAAAAGAGACACAGAUACAUACACAGACAUAUAGACAGAGACACAUACACAGACAAAUACAUAGACCCAUACACACAGAGAGACACAUUUAUACACGCAGACACAUGGAGACAUUGAAACACACAUACAUAGUAAUGCACAGACACGCACACAGAGAUACUGAUACACACACACACACAUACAUACCAGACACACAGAGACACAGAUACACACACACACACAUCAGACACACAGAGACACAGAUACACACACACACAGACACACAUCAGACACACGCACCAGACACACAGAGACACAAAUAGACACACACACCAGACACACACAUACCAGACACACAUACACCAGACACACAGAGACAGAGAUACACACACACACCAGACACACACAUACCAGACACACACAUACCAGACACACACACACCAGACACACACACACACAUCAGACACACAGAGACACAGAUACUCACACACACCAGACAUACGCACCAGACACACAGAGACACAGAUACACACACACACCAGACAUACACACCAGACACACAGAGACACAGAUACACACACAUACCAGACAUACACACCAGACACACAGAGACACAGAUACACACACAUACCAGACAUACACACCAGACACACAGAAACACAGAUACACACAUAC